CAGCACUAACAUCACAUCACAUCACCUUAGAGUUAUUAUUUAGCAAGCUUAACAAAUAUAAAAUGAAUGGAGGAACAAAAUUUUCAAUUGUGCUACAGAUAGCGGUGGCAUCGGGAUUUUAUUUUGCAGUGAAAUGGAUGGUUGAUCAAUUAGAUCCCACUAACGGAAAAAAAAAUAAAGCCAAACAACAAGCUCAAGCCCUCAUGACUAAAUUGCGAAUAAAAACCAAUGUGCAGUUGACAGAGUAUGAACUGGCAAUUGCAAGUCAUUUAGUGGACCCUGAAAGCAUUCCUGUAUCCUGGAAUGAUGUUGCUGGUCUGGAUAGUGUGGUACAGGAGCUGCAUGACACAAUUAUAUUACCCAUCAAAAGUCAAAAGCCAUUUCCAAGCCAACUGCUGCAGCCUCCAAAAGGUAUGCUCUUGCAUGGACCUCCAGGGUGUGGAAAAACUAUGGUGGCCAAAGCCACUGCAAAGGAAGCUGGAAUGAGAUUUAUAAACUUGGAUGCUUCAGUACUAACUGACAAGUGGUAUGGUGAGAGCCAAAAACUAGCAACAGCGGUUUUUUCGUUGGCUGUAAAAAUUCAACCUUGCAUCAUUUUCAUCGACGAAAUUGAUUCUCUCCUUCGUUCCAGAGAUUCAAAAGACCAUGAAACGACCGCUAUGGUGAAGGCCCUUUUCAUGUCGCACUGGGAUGGCCUAACAACAGACAAUAACAAAAAUACCGUCGUUGUAUUAGGUGCAACGAACCGACCUCAGGACGUCGAUAAAGCUAUCUUACGUCGAAUGCCUGCAUCUUUCUUCAUAGGACUUCCGGGUACAGAACAGCGUCGGCAGAUUGCGCAAACAAUCUUGAAAAACGAACGCUUAGCUACAGACGUCGAUCUGGAACAGCUGGCAACGUUAACUGAAGGUUUUUCGGGCUCGGACAUCAGAGAAGUUUGUCGAGCGGCGGCUGUUUAUGGAAUGCGUGACAGUUUGAAAAGUGCGACCAACGAUACCCUCGUCGAAGAAUGUAUCACCAUGGGAAACUUCUUGCAGGCGUUUGUGAAAUUGCGUGAAUCAAAUCCCGCAUCGAUUUAGAUUAAAUGUCUAGGAGCGACGAAAAUAAACUUCGUUCCGGUACAAAAUUGUAGGGAAUUUUUUUUUUUACUAGAUUGAUGAAUGCAGUAUUGCUUGAAUGUAUUGUCCAAUAUAUAAUCGACACAAUGUACAUGCGCUUGGUAAAUCUAACUCAAAUGCGAAAAAGUCGGUAAAUAAUUCACACAAUAAAAAUGGCUUUAAAAGUACAAAGAAAGAAGGUCAACCCGCAAGAGGCAUAACAACGUUAAAAAUCGGUAAGUAACCGAGAAGGCUGCCCAUCACAAAUUGAAAUGCUGUACAGUAAUUCACCAGAUUGAACCACGAGGCACCCACAGAAUUUUUGUUUGUUCCUAAAAUAAUUUU